CAUUUGCUUGCCCUGCCGGCUAAUGACGACCCUCUGGAACGACAAAAACUCGAGUUCCUUUUCGAAUGGGGGAUCGAUUUAACGACAACGCCAAAACCAAUGCCAACACCAAUACCAUUAACAAAAGCUAAAAAUCCACCGCCACUGCCACUCAACAUUAAAUCCAUCAAUCCAUCUCAUCAUUCAACAUCGGCGACACAACGCACGACAAUGACGGCGCCGCAUCAGCAAUCGUCACAACAACACGGUGCCGCAGCAACAACAACUAGAACACAUACACCACACACGCCACAAACUACGCAACCGUCAAUGGGGGCGACAGCAUCACAUGCGACGAGCGUCAAGUACACGAAAAGUCCAACACAACAGCAGCAGCAUCAGCAACAACACCAGCGUACAACGCCAACAUCGGCAGCACAUGCGACUACAACAACACCUACAAAAAGUACACAUCAACAACAAAGACUGACACCAGGCGAUCGCACGAGAGCGGCCAGCACAAAAACCACAACACCAACAGCAUCGGCGCCGACAUCUCGGGAACACACUCCAACACGCAGCACACAAUCACAAUUACAGUCACAGUCACAGUCACAAUCGCAAUCACAACAACAUCAACUUCAGCGUCAAUCAUCAGCAAAACGUCACCAAACAUCACACACAACACAACAAAAACCACAACAACAACAACAAUCGCACGAGCAGAGACGCGAUCUCGAUCGAAAAGACUCGCAACGCGAGCGUGAUCGCGCGAAAGAGCGUGAGCAUGAACGCCAGCGAGAGCGUGAAGAUAAUCGCGAGCGCGAUCGAGAUCGUGAUCGUGCACGUGAAAUGGAGCGCGAACGUGAGUAUGCUUACGAGCGAUCGCGUGAUUACCAAAGUGAGCGCGAGUAUGCACGCGAGCGUGAGUAUGCUGCACGAGAUCGUGAAUAUGAGCGUGAAUGCGAACGCGAACGGGAGCGUGAGAUGUCACGUGACGCACGCCAAUGCGACUAUGAACGUGAACGUGAUUACGCACGAGAACGUGACUAUGAACGAGAACGCGACUCUGAGCAUGAACACCCACCGCCAUCAGCACACACACAACAUCAACACCAACAGCAACAACCACAUUACAAUAAAACAAAUUAUAAUUCCGUUUACCAGUAAAAAGAAUGCAACAAAAACAAAUACAAUACUAAAACCAAGUACGAAUUUGAGAAAUUUUUGCUAACGAAAUUUACCACCAACAACAAAAUCGAAUGCUUGAAAACUGAAAUAUCAAAUGCAGUAACAACAACAAAAAUAACAACAACAACAAUAGCAACAUGAACCGGAGCGUUUGCAUCGAUUCGGACGACAUGGCCCCUCCAACGUAGCCGCUGAAUCAUUCUUCGUUGCACUAUGUCUACGCAUCGUAAAGCUCAUACAGCUCAUCGUUCCAUCGCCUGCGAUACUCGCGGCAGCUAACGUACAAAGGUCCAAAAAUCUUCCGCAGAAUCUCUCUCUCAAACACCCCAAGGGACGCCUCAUCGAAUGCUGUCAUCGUGCAAGCAUCUGCGCCGUACGAUAGGACAGCCAUGACGAGAGCCUUAUAAAGUUUUAAUUUUGUUUCCCGGGAUUUUACUAGUCAAUUGCCUACUUAGCACUUGUUGGCAAAAGAGAUUCUACGUUGGAUUUCAAGGCUGACAUUGAUAUCGAUAUUAGUGCUGGUUUCUAAAUAAACGAAGCCUUUUACAACGUCAAAACAUAACUGUCUACAGUGACGUGGGUGCCGAUUCGUGAGUGCACCGACUGUUUAUUUGAUGACAGAAGGUACUUCGUUUUGUCCUCGUUCACCACCAGACCCAUUCGCUUUGCUUCUUUAUUAAUUUUGGCAAAGACAGAACGAACAGCGAGGUUUUUAAGGCCGAUGAUACAUUAUUAUUAUUUUCUAAUAUUAUUUUAGCGCUUUAUUAAAGUAUUAAUACUUUUAUUUUAAUUUUUUUAAUUUUUGCUUGCAAGAAAAUUUAAUUUAAUUUCAAAUAAAUUACUCGUGCCUUGCUUUAGUUUCGAAUUGACAAACUUUUCUUUGUCAAUAUAUUUAUUCAUUUAUUCUCAUGAUUAAGUUAUAAUUUAAAUUACAAGCUAAUAUGCUCAAAGAGCAAUGGCAAUGCAGGGCUUCACGUGGUGUUUCCAAACUGUCCCCCAUCCAAGUACUAAACGCGCUCGACGCUGCUUAAUUUCGAUGAUCGGAUGAGAACCUAUGUUUUCAGCGUCGUAUAAUCGUCGUCACUCUUUGAUAAUUUAUCGUCUCGCUUAAUAAAGCGUACUCUAUAGGCGAGAUGAGAAAACGGCCCCAUAAGUCAUGCUCAGAGAUCAGUGAAAGGUAGUAGGCAUGGAAACGAGAGACUUGUUACACAAAGCUAUUCGUCGCUAUAUGUUUUUAAAGCGCUUGAAUCAUAAAAGAGGAAAAGCCAAGAAUGAGCCACGAGCCAUAAGAUGAAGCUUUUCCGGAAAAUCAAGGCUCGAAGCAAAUUUACAGAAAAGGCGAUUUGAUGACAAAAAUUGAACAAGUGCAGUGAAAAUGAAAUUCAAGGAACCUUAUAUUUUUUUCUGCUCUCAGAUAAAUGUAAUACAUUUUUUUAUUGAAGUUAAUUUUUGUUUUGAAAUUAUAACUAACUCAGUAGCUUAACCAAAAUUAUUUAAGCUAUUAAUUUGCAGUUAUGUAAACUAUAAACAAAAGAUA